UUGUGCCUCCUCAGCCUCGUUUGACAGCGCUAGUGGCUGACAGGGUCACUCCAAAACACCGCCCUAGCGCGCAAGAGCGACAGCAUACAGUGCGCGGCGGCCACUUGGCUCUGUGUCAGCCGGCUGUUUCUAUGGACCCUCUGCUCUUCACUCCUGGUUCGUUCACUCUGCGCAACAGCACGCUACGGUCUGACGGGACGAGGUGCACGCUGUCUCCGGUAGAGGUGGUACAGUAGGUAGUUGGUGUGCGUGCGUUUGUGUGUGGGUCUGCACUCCUAGAAUAGAAAGGGAAGAAGAGGGAAGAGGAGAGAGGCAGAUCGCAGUGUGUCCUGUUCACAUUCAAGGGAAAGCAAAUAUCAUCUGGACUGGAAUCGCUCCGCACUUUGCACUUCCUUCCCUCCGUGGAUUUGAUGGAUGUUUGAUCAUUGGAUGUGAUGCCCUUAUAUAUCAUCGAUCGAAAAUUCCCCGACACAUCUGGUGAGUUCACACAGCUGGCUACAGACCGAGGAGAGCUGAAGAUGACGGAGAACAACCCCCCCAAACUGGCCAAAAAGCCCCGCUGGACGUCCCUGGAGAUCGGGCUCACUACUAUUGUAUCACUGCUAUUCAUUGUCAUUGUGUCCCUCAUCAUACUCUUUGCAACGCACAAGAAUGAUGAGAUAUGCACCACUGCAGACUGCACACAAUCAGCUUCACGGCUGCUAGAAAACAUGGAUGCUACAGUGGACCCGUGCGACAACUUCUACCAGUAUGCCUGUGGUGGUUGGCUAAAGAAGAAUAUCAUCCCAGAAAGCACAUCGAGAUACAGCACUUUCGACAUCUUACGUGAUGAGCUGGAGGUCAUUCUGAAAGGUGUCCUUGAACAGAGCGUUGAGGGUGAGGCUGCUGCACUCACCAAGGCCAAGACCCUUUACAAGUCCUGCACCAAUGAAAGUCUAAUAGAGCACAGGGGAGGCUUGCCAUUGUUGGAAAUGUUGCCUGAUGUGUUUGAAUGGCCGAUUGCACUAGACGACUGGGACACACGUUAUGGUGCAACUUGGAGACUGGAGGAUGUUGUUGCUAAACUCAAUGAAAAAUACGAAACUCAACUUUUGGUGAACUUUUUUGUUGGCACCGAUGACAGAGAUUCCAAUUCACACAUCAUUCAUUUCGACCAGCAGUCAAGUCUCGGCCUCCUGUCUCGAGACUAUUACUCCUGCAGUGGGCCGUAUGCAGAGGCGUGUCGGGCGUACGAACAGUUCAUGAUUGACCUGGCGAAGCUCAUACGCACGGACCGGGGAUUGUCCAUCAAUGAGACCAGUAUCAGGGAGGAGGUGACGCGUGUCUUUGACUUGGAAAAAGAUAUUGCCAACGCUACGGACACCCCUGAGGACCGGAACAACCCUGUGCUGCUUUACAACAAGAUGGAACUAGGAGACAUGAACGCUAACUUUACCCUUGAGCUCGAAUCAAAGACUUUUAACUGGACAUACUUUACAGCAAAAAUUAUGAACACUGUCAACAUCAGUGUCCCCGAAACAGAGAAGAUCAUCAACUACUCACCAAACUAUUACAGAAAACUCAACACUCUCCUGGACAAAUACAGCAAACGGGAUCUACAGAACUACAUGGUGUGGCGCUUUGCUAUGAACAUGGUAGUGGGCCUGAGUAGAGCGUACAGAGACACGAGGAAAGCCUUUCGAAAGGCUUUGUCUGGCACCACCUCUGAGGCAGCCGUGUGGAGACAGUGUGCUCUGUAUGUCAACAACAACCUGGAGAACGCUGUGGGACGCCUUUAUGUGCAAGAGGCCUUCUCCGAGAAGAGCAAAGAACUGAUGCAGGAGAUGAUUAAGGACAUCCGAGAAGUAUUCAUUAGCAAUUUGGAUGACCUGGCCUGGAUGGACUCUCAAACCAAGAAGGCAGCAGAGGAAAAGGCUAGAGCUAUCCGGGAAAGGAUCGGUUAUUCUGACAAUAUAAUGGACGAUCAGUUUCUCAACAAUGAGUAUAAAGAUCUCAACUACAGUGCUGAGGAGUACUUUGAAAACAUCCUGAAGAACCUGGAAUUUGCACAGAAGAAACGGCUUCGGAAACUCAGAGUCAAAGUCAACAAAGAAGAGUGGGUAACAGGAGCAGCUGUUGUAAAUGCUUUUUAUUCUUCUAGUAAAAACCAAAUAGUGUUCCCUGCAGGGAUCCUCCAGCCUCCAUUCUUCAGUAAAGGCCAGACCAAGUCACUCAACUACGGGGGGAUCGGCAUGGUGAUCGGCCACGAGAUAACACAUGGAUUUGAUGACAAUGGCAGGAACUAUGAUAAAGACGGAGACCUGAAGGACUGGUGGACCCCAGACUCCACUCAGAGGUUCCUGGAGUUGUCCAAGUGCAUUGUGGAUCAGUACGGAAACUUCUCUUGGGAUCUGGCCAAUGGGCUGCAUUUAAACGGUAAUAACACCCUUGGGGAGAACAUUGCUGACAAUGGUGGUAUACGACAGGCGUAUCAGGCCUACCAAAACUAUGUUUCACUGCAUGGAGAAGAACCUCCUCUUCCUGGUAUAAAGCUGUCCCACGAUCAGCUGUUCUUUCUAAACUUUGCCCAGAUUUGGUGUGGAACUCAUCGACCGAAGCAAGCUGUCAACUCCAUCAAAGUAGAUGUUCACAGUCCAGGACAAUUCAGGGUACUUGGUUCGCUUCAGAAUUUCCCUGAGUUUGCCAAAGCGUUCAAGUGCAGCAAGAACAGCGACAUGGUUCCAGAGACCGUCUGCCGUGUGUGGUGAUUCUGAUGGGACUAUAGUGGGGCUGCUGACUGUCUCAGCAUUUACCCCAUGACUAGAGGCGUUUUGAAUGUGAGGUGCAGAGAAGAAGCUUAGAGACAGCCCCUCAGCCUUUAAUAACCAAGUGGACCAGGAUUGGUGGACUGGCACCACAGUAUGCACUUGUUCUGAGGACAUGGUGGAAUAGACCUUUCCUUACAGGUGGAGAUAUAUUGUUCAUUCAUAUUUUAGUUUCCCUGGAAAUAAUCAUUCAUUUAUCAUUCAUUCAUACUCAUAAUAUGGUCAACUUGUGUUAUGACCACUGACAAACUUCAAAUGGCUCUCAUUCAAAGUGGGACAAACGUAAGACAUGAGAGGAUGUGAAGCUAAACAGUGUGUGGUGGCACAAGCUGCAGCAGGUAAUGCAUAACUGUGUGGUACAAAGUAAAAGUGCCAAAAACAUAAACAGCCAAGAUCACAAGGAAGAGAAAUGUGCGUUUUUUGCCAAAUGCAGACUGCCUCUCUUAUACACACACAUGUUCAAUAUAUUUUUAUACGCAUCUUUAUAUUGUAUACAGCUAUCCACUAUUAUACACUGUUUCAGGAAUGGAAGGUUAAUUAGUAGAGUUUCAGAUGAACCAAAAUAAUAUACUUGCCUUUCACUGCUGCUUAUAAUAUACAGAGUGGACAAUCCGCAACACCUUUUUAUAAAGCCUUCUCACCCAUGUAUUUCUCAUUAGCAGCACAUCACUGUCUCCUGUAGUCAUUAAGGUGAUUCUACAAAGCGGGCGACUGCAAUGCCUUAUGUUUCAUGUCUGCUGCAUUGGGCCAGUCAGAGUGGAUGUUGAUUAUUGAAUCCCAACUACAGCCAUAUACACGUAUUUGGCUCUGAGCAAGUAAGAUUUGUCAUUUGGUUUAUAAUUUGAGACACAGUGCAUAAUUACUUAUCAUUUUUGUCAUAUCUGUCAUUUUUAUACUCUUGUUUUUAUUAUCCAAAUAGUGAUGUUUAAAUUUGAAGUUGCAAACAAUGUUCAUUUUGACCAAAACAGUAAUAAUUAUAUUCAUCACUCUUGUGUCUAAAAUGGUUCUGUAUUUUAGUCAAGAUCUGUGAAAUCAUUGUUUGAAAUUAUAGACUAGAUGGAGCUGAUAAAAUGUCAGGCAAAUGUACUGGACUUUAUUCAUGGCUCAUCUUUCAUACCAAAAAACAUAUUUAAUUUGAUUCAAAUGAUACGAAUCACACUGCACUGCUUCAUGAAUCUUUGACCACAUCCACACAGCACCAGAGCUGUUUUUUGACACUAAGUUUAUCUCCUGAUGUUGGUCUUUUUGAUUGAAAACUAAUGCGUUUAAACAGUUUCAUUCAGGGGUGGAUCGUGUUCCCACUCUGCCAUCUGUUUAUUUCUGUUUAGAUUUUAUUUGUUGACAAAAAUGUCUGAUCGUUUAGCCAUAUUUUGAGCACUCUAGCUAAAAGCCUCCAUUAUGAGUAUUGUUUAGUUUUUGCCUUGUUUUGUCAGCAAAAAAAUUAAAUAUAAAACUAAAACUAUAACAAAAUCUAUUAGUUACCAAACCUGACACUGCUUUCAACACCGAGUGUGAAUCCCCUGUCUUUGAUUCUGAGUGCAGGAAAUGGGUGCAGAUUGUACACUUCUCAACAUGCACAGAAUCUGACGGAGCCUGUCAUGCUCUGCCUCCCACACUCCACCUGUAGAAAGAACGAUAUAUACCUCAGUUGCCUGUAUUUAAGUACUUUAUAAUACUGACGGAUAAUCAUAUUGAAGAAUUUUUUUGUUUAAAAAUAAAUCUUUAAAUUAAAAAUGAAA